AUUCGAUUAGGUCGUUCUAUGUAGUCGUCGUGCGUGUUUUGUUUACGUUAACUUUUUGUGUUUAUUUAAUUUAAUGAACAUCCCAAAUGGCAUUAUUACUGCUGUACGUUCUGUGUUGAUAUUGAUACUUAAAUUAUAAAACGGUAGACUAUUGUACAGAACUCUGUCACCUAAAAUAAAAUUCGAAUUUGUGAAGUUGUGUUUGUGUUUAUUUUGUUUAACGUUCAAAUAAAAUUAACCCCAAGAAAAAAGGAACAAUGAACGCGCUGCGACUGGUGGAUCUGAGGAAAUUAUGACGUAGCGCUGCUCUGAUAGGUCGGACGCGGCGCGCUUCUAUCUGAUUGGCUGAUGAUGUCGGGACUGCAGAGUCGGGGGGAUGACCCGAUAAAUGGCGUUGAUGUUAGAGAACAUGGCAGUGCUUUGAGAGUGGCGACCAACACGCCGCACUUGGUCAGUCUGGGUACGGGCCGACUCAGCACGGCCGUUACCUUGCAUCCCAUCAAACAAGGUCGAGUGACAAUAGGUUCGGAUCCAACAUGCGACAUUUACGUAGUGGGGACCGGUGUUGCCAGCGUGCAUUGCCGCGUUGAGAACUCCCACGGCGUAGUCACACUGUACCCGGUCAGCGGCACCACGCUGCUCGAUGGGUUGACAGUCGAUAAAGCUACGCGGCUGUCGCAAGGGAGCAUGUUAACGAUAGGCCGUUCAAAUUACCUGAGGUUCAACCAUCCUGAGGAAGCUAAGCUGAUGAAGUCCGUACUUCCAUCAGGUCAUGUGUCCAUGGCUCCAAUACAGUUCACUCCCAAUGAGAACUGCUUACCACCAGGAUAUGUUACCCAUCACUCAGACACUAACCAAUGUUACCAGAAAACAAACAUUAAUAAAAUAUACAAAGAAAAUUCCCUAUCACAAUUAGACAAAGAACUAGAUAUAACACUUAAAGAAAUGUCUCGAAAGAAACCACCAGUUCCAAGGAAGCCUUAUAGAGAUUUGGACACUUCAGAUUCAAAUUCAGACCAGGAAACAAGACCUAAGCUUGGUAAUAUCAUGGCUAAAGUAUCAAAAUUUGAAUACUACGCUAAGCAACAGAAAGUUGGCAGAAGUCAAUUUUACACCAGCAAUGAAAAUGAAAUCUCCCCAAAAGUGUUCAGUUCAAACUCUCUUACAGUCAAUACACCAGCCAAAGAUGUGUUGUUAGGUGGACGGAACAUUCCAAAUUACAUGCAAAAUAUUAAACAUGAACAGAAAAUGAUCGUUCUCAAUGAAAAUAAUAGCUUAGAUCCUAAAAAUUGUUCCUAUUCUAACGUAGCUAUUCGAAACAAGACGAAAAUAGAUGACAUAGUUAGAAAUUUCGAUGAUACCAAGCUAAAAAAGGUAAAUAAUGAUCAGCAGAGUAGACCAGAUAAUCAUAUUUACGGAAAGAUUAACGUUGAUAAAAAACCGGAGCUCAAUUUAAAUAAAAACAGUUCAGAUUCGUAUAUCUCGGAGUUAAAUAAUACUAAUUCUGAUUCAUAUAGAUCUAACUCUGAAAUGCAAGAAGAGGAAUGUUCAAGAAAUGAAUAUGCGAAUGUUUGUGAUAAAAAGAACGUUCUACCGUCCCCGUCGUAUGACAGAAACCCUCAGUAUUCACCUGUUUAUAGCAACUAUGGUUAUGAUAGAAGCUUGGAUGCGGAGAAUAGAAGAAAACAGGCGUACCAGGAACGGAUAAACGAAGAGGAACAGAAAGAAGCUGAGACUGCUAGGUUAGAGGAAAUACUCAACAUGUGUGCUGAGUACGAGAGACAAAUCACAGCAGGUAUACCUAUAACUCCUACGGAGAAACGGGCUCACAACAAGAUUAUCACAAACGGCUCCUUACCGCGAAGUGUUGCCUUGAACAAUCCCAACUUUGUACAAACGAGCGAUGGAUAUUACAUGUUUGAUACUAGUCAUAAUAAUAUAAUGAGCCAAUCAUUACCGGUCCAACGGAAUUUAUCAAAUUACGAGAACUUUGAAUCGCCCCAACCGCCUCCUAGAGUUGAUUCCGUAACACCCGAAGUCACGAUUGCCGAUAACAAUUACGAAAACGUCGGACGUAUGGACGAAAUCGGAAUCCCGAUAUACGAUGAUCCGCGCAACGAUCUAUCUAGUCCUAUAGUUGUGAGGAAGCUUCAAAAUCAUUCAAUGACAUCACCGGGAAGUCCCUACGAAAAUAUAAAGUUUAAAAACAAUCUUGCUUUUAAACCAAAAUCACCGAACAUUCAAAGUCCUAGAACACGAAUCAAAACAACUCUUUCGCAUAAAAAUACUACGCCGCAAUAUUUCAUAUUCCCUACACCACCGCCUAAAGAAGAAAAUCCAAUGGAAACUAAAAUAGAAAUUAAUAAUCAAACUGAAAAUAAAGCUGAAAAUGAAAACUGUUUUGGUAUUGAAAAGAGACUUAGCCUUGAAGAAGAAAUACCCAUGAUUGACGAUUCUGAUUUUACUAACGAUAUAGAAUUUAGGUAUUCGAAAAUAUUAUCCAAAGAACAACUCGAACCGAAACUUACGAAGAAUCAGAGUUUCGAAGAUGUCAAAAAUGAAUUAAUGGCAGAUAUUCCAGAACUAGAAAAGUUCGACGAAAAUUUGAAAAGUAACAGAGAGAAUGUAAUUAAGAAUAUAAGUGAGGGCAUAAAGAAAAUAGAUGAAGCUGAUUCUAUUGAUAGCAUUUUAGAAGACAGUGUCGAAGAAUUAAAGUCGAAAUUGGAAACGCUUAAAGAGGAAAGGAAAAGAUAUAUGACAGAGAUCCAUGAGAUAAAGUGUAAAAUGACAGAAAUAAGAUCGCAAGAGGAUGAUAUAUUGAGAGAGCUUGAAAUGGAGAAGGCUUUGAUUAAAGGUGAAUACGAUUCCGAAAUAGCAAUACUGAACUUGGAACAGAAAAAGAAAGCUGAUCUCUUGGAGAGCGCAAGAAAGGCAGAGGAAGACAUAAAACAAAUGAAAAAGAGACAAGAGACGAGGUUUAACGAGAUGAAGGACAGAGUUGAGAUUGCUACAACUAAAGUCGAAAGAUUGAAGAAAGACUGCAAAGAGAAAUCAGCGACUGUUGAAGAGUUACAGAACGCUCAGGACAUUUUGGAAAACGAAACGAAGAUAUUUGAAGAUUUAGAAUUUCAACAUCUGGAGGAGGAAUCUGAAAUAUUAUCAAAUAGGGAAGAUUUACAAAAUGAAAUAAUGCUUCUGAGCAAAAAGAUUGAUGCACAAAAGAGUAGAAUUCUAACAUUAAAAUCCGAAGCCAAUGAGAAUUUAACCUCUGCUUUAGAAGAAACAAAAAUAUUACAAGCUGAAUAUGUUAGACUGCUAAAUCAAGUUGAAGAAAUAACCAGUAAAGUUCAGAGUAUAGAGAAAGAUAUUAAACCCAUUGUAUCCAAAUUGAACUAUAUCGAACGAACACAAUCACCUGAUAGUGCGUUUUAUACAGAUCAGACUAGAGCAAAGUCUGGUGAAUUUGGCUAUUCACCAAGUUCAGACAGCGAUGACAAUGACGUCAGCAAAAUAUCAAAUUUCGAAGAUCACACCAAACAAUUGAAUGAUAAAUUUAAUUCUAUCGAUCAAAUGUCACAAUCUAUGAUUGUUGAUAUCGAACGACGUGUCGUUUCGGACCUGAAUGAUCCGAUCGAUGUCGAUAAUAGAUAUAGCGAAAGCCCUUCUAAGUCUUCCACUUCGUCAAAAGAGAAGAAAGGAUUUUGGGAGCGCAAUUUUGAUUCUCUUAAACGAAAGAGUAAAGAUAAGAAAAAAAACGAAAAAGUCGACAUUAUGUCGCAAAGUCUCAACGAGAAUCUAUUUUAUAACGAAAAUAUCGAAGUAGACACGUCGUUCGAUAAAUUUAAUAGCUUGCGAAGCUCAAAAAAGAAAACAAAUGGGCCUGUAAAGAGUAGUUCAUCAUCUAAAAUUCCGACGUUCUCCGCAUUAGGGAAAAUAAUGAAAAAAGAUUCACUAAAACGAAAGGAAAGCACCAAAGAUGAUACGCAGAACGUUAAAAGCCGUUACGUUAAAAAGAACACAGUAAUGACGGAUAAUAAAUACGUUAAAUCAAAGUCUUUAUCUCCUGACAAAAAACCAACUAUACAAGAAGAGGCUGAAGAGUAUUCAAAGACAGAAUCUUCAGAAAGCCUGAAAGAUAAAGUUCUACAUAGAAAGAGUUGUGGUGACGAACCUAGUUUAAGGAAUGAUUUAAGAAAGAUAACAGAUUCUGGUAGACUUCCUUCACAGGAUGACAUCGAUCGAAUAUCAAGAGUGACUAUGGAUGCUCCAAUUUUUUCUAGUGACACCGAUAUGAAUUCAUUAGGAAAGAAGACGUUGGAUAGUCUAAUGGAGAUUGAGAGGAAGAGAAUGGAAAUGUUGGAGGAACAAGGAUGCCAAGUAAUCGAGAACGAACGCGAAAAAAUCGAAGAACUAAAACGGCGCGCGCAAACUGAGACCAAGAAACUCUGGGACGAGAGACGCAGCCGCGAGCGGUCCACAACACCCGACGUCGCCGCCGACCUCGACAGCUGUCGGCUGUCAACCGAACUCGACAGCUCUAACUUUGACAGGUGUCAGAGUGACAGCGCGGCGGGCGGCGCCCUCGAUAUUACGUCGUCGAUGUUUGAUGAAAGCUCUGGUUUAAUUUCGUCGUCUAUUGAAGAGCUGCAAGUACGUAAUUCUCGCACCGAAUCCACAGAGGAUGAGACCCGUGGAGACGACAGCAGACCGCUCAGCCAUGCCUCGGAUUUCAGCAGAGAUAAUAUUUUAUCCCUCAGCAACGCGCCUCGCCGCAGCCGCCGCGGUACCAGCAACGUUAGCGAAUGGCAACGACCGCUCACGAGAUAUCUGCCUGUUGACAGAGACGACUUUGAUCUGCGACGGCACGUCGAAUCGGCCGGACAUCAGAUUGAGCUGUGCCCCUACGUGACACUGAACUCCAGCUCCUGUCGAGGAUACUUACACAAGUUGGGAGCCAAGUUCCACACAUGGUCAAAGAGGUGGUUUGUUUUUGACCGAGAGUCGAAAACGUUCGUGUACUACUGGGACAAGACAGAGAAGAAACCGAGGGGCGGAGCUUACUUCCAGGUAAUAGAAGAAGUAUAUCUGGACCAUGGCAACACUUCCAAAUCGCCGAAUCCACAGACAACGUUCAUUGUCAAAACAAGACAAAGGAGGUAUUACUUAAUGGCGCCUUCGGGAGAGGCGGCCCGGAUAUGGAUCGAUGUUAUAUUCACUGGCGCUCAGGGAUAUACGGAAUAUCUGGAAUGACUGAUAAAAUUACUUGAAUGGACUUUAUGUAAAAAUGAUGUUGAAAUUUGCAGACGAUAAUAUAUGGUAUUUGUUGGUUAAGUCUAAAGCUACGUGGAAUUUAUGACACAAACUACAAGCAGACGGUAUUAAAAUGGUAUUGGAAUUUAUUGAUAUAAAAAGUCAAUUAUUGGAAUAAUUUAAAUAUUCUAUAGAGUACCUAUCUGCAAUAAUUCAUGUGAUUUUUUAAAUUAAAAAUCGAUAUUAUGUUCUAAUUUCAAAUCGGUCGGUUAUUCCGAGGUAAGUAUGAAACUUUAUGAGGUAUAGAUAAUAUUCUUUAUCUAAUGUUGAGAUUUGUGAUUUAUUUAUAAAUGUAUUAAUAUUAUUAUAUAGCGCCUGUCCUAUGAUUCGUCGUGUGAAUUUAAUAUAAUAUAUAUACGUAGACGUAGUAGAGAAUUGACCGAAUGUUCCUUAUGACAGUUUACUAUCAAGUGACAUUUUCCAAUAUUUGUCUCGUUCUGGGGUUGAAACUAUACAUAAGUACGCUAUAGGCCAAUCGAAGAGUGACAGAGCUGUUUCUAUAGGUUGGGCAAUUUUGUGUAGCUCUCAGGGGCGUGCAUAUCAUAUAGGCAAUUAGGCAGUGCCUACCUCCUAUUGCCUAUUCAAUAUUGUGUUAAAGAUAAUUCAGUUUAAUUAUGUAAACCAAAGUUCUUUUGUACACCUACUCAUAAAAUUUUUCCUUAAGCUAUACUAUACUUACUUAAUACCUACGGUAAGCAAUCACCAGACAACAACUACGACUUGUUAGAUCUACAGUACCUACCUUGCUAGAAAACCAACGCACGCCAAUGGUAGCUCUAUAUUAUAAAAGUAAGCUACAAAUUAAAGAAGAAACAGAUUAUAAAAGAGAAAAGAAUCGUAAUGGGUACACGGUCGCUCAGUCUACUUCUAUAGAGUGGUUCUAUAUGUCUGUGUAUGCUAAGCACCUUCAAAAUACUGGCCAACUGCGAGUCUUACUCGCGCAACGGUUCCGUACAAUUAAAACACGUUUGUUGCCCCUUUUGAUAUUUCUUUAAUUCUGUUUUUUAGCAUUUGUUAUUAUAGUUGCAACUAAAAUAUAUCAUUUGUGAUAAUUUCAAGUGUCUAACUUUCACGAAUCAUGAGAUACAGCCUGAUGACAGACGGACCGACGGACGUACAGCGGAACCCUAAAGAGGAACAAGUAUUGGCUCUAUAGUUGCUUUGACUAAUUUCUAGAGGGUAGUCAACUUUCUGUGGCUCUGUCAAUAUUUUUGCUGCAGACAGUCAUGAAAUGAACAGCUCCCUCUGUCUCUUUCUAGAGAACGGUCAUUUUUGCGAGUAUUUCACAGUCAGUUCUCUGUGUAUGGUUUUUUAUUAUAUUUAAUGGAAUAAUGGAACUAUUAAUAUAUAAUUUAUAUUAUACACAUAUAAUAGGUUUGUAUGGAAUGUUAUGUUACCGUUUUUUGGUACAUGAGAAUAUAUUUGUGAUGUACUAUUAAGGUAAAAACAGUAUUUUAAAUCGUUUUAGACAAUAAUGUGUGCCAAUUAUAUUGAAAUAAUUACUUGGGGAUAUAUUUAAAGGUCCUUAUUUUCCAUGUUUUGAUUUCCGUGUUACACGUUGUAUUAUUUAAAUGCAUCAACUAUAUUACGUAGAAAUUAUGAGCUUAGAAUAAUAACACAUUUAUAGAAGACUAUCCUAUCCUAAGACUACCAUCUGUUGAGCACAGAUUUUAAUUAAUCUGUGAGUCUUCAAAAAAAGUAAAGUCAAAGCAAAAUAAUUAAUUUUUUUUUUGUCCCAUAUAGCCCAGUGGUUAGUGACUCUGCUCGCUGAUCUAGAGGUCCAAUAUUCGAAUCCCUAUGGGUACAAACAUUUAUAUGAUGAAUUUGGAUGUUUGUUUCCGAGUUAUGGUUGUUUAUAAGUAUUUAUGUAUGUUUGAGUAAGUAUAUUGUAUUAAAUAUAUCAUUGUACCCAUAGUACAGGCUAUGCCUAGUUUGGGGCAAGAUAAUUCGUGUAAAAGGUCAUUAAAAAAAAGAUUAUAACAUCUUUCACGUUUGCUACUUUAAAAGUUUAUGAGUUUGUCUGUCCAACUAAUACAAUGCAGCCGGUGUCAGUGCAGUCAAAUGAAACAUUCCAUCUUCAAUACGAGAUUAAACAACCACGUAUCACGAUCUUAAGAUAUAAUAUAUUGACACACUUUUUACACAAAUUAUCUUGCCCCAAGUUAAGCAUCUAUAGCCUGUGUUAUGGGUUACAAGACAAUAAUAUAUUUAAUACAAUAUACUUACUUAAACAUACAUAAUUUCAUAUAAACAUACAUAAAUGCAUUUAAACAUCCAUGACUCGGAAACAAACAUCCAUAUUCAUCAUAUAAAUGCUUGCACCUACCGGGAUUCUAACCCGGGACCUCUAGCUUAGUAAUCGCUAACCUAUAAGCUAGGCUAUAAGAUGAUAAUAUUGUUCAAUUAAUAAAAACAAGCUCGGGCAUUGUUCAUUAAAAGUUACCAAUCUUGGUUCACCCGACUAUAGUUGCUGUGAAAUUUUUUUUGUUUACCGUAUAACACAUUUAUUUGCAUGAACUUUCUAAUAGGCUGUGCUAUUGUGUGUUAUUAUUCUAAAUUUGAAUGUGCCUUUUGAAAGACUGAACUUGUUAUUUACAUCUUAGUGAGCAGUACCAAUAAAAAAUAUAGGUUUUAUUUAUUUAUUCAUGUAUAGGAAACUUACUUAAAGGAUAAAGAAAAUUUACUUAAAGGAUAUCGCACUUGCUGUUACAUAGUCCUUGUAUCCUGAUUUUAUAAUGAUAUUUUUAACGAUAAAUAACAUCGAUGUUGAAUAUUUUUUUUUAGUCUGGCAACACUAUUUCAGCGCUGUACGAAACAUGGAGGCGGUAAUUACAUCCUUUCAAAUGUUUCGUCAGUUUUAUAUGAAGUAGGAAAACAUGAAAAAAAAAAUACUUUUAAAAAACAGUAAACACGUAGGGAACGUUUAUGUUUUUCGGACAAUUUUAUUCAAUAUUUUUCUUAUUGGGAUUCGAUCGCCAUUUUUUUAUUGGGACUGCUUGUAAUUAAAGAAAAUAGUCGAUUAUUAUUGUACAAUGUAUAUCUAUAUAUAAAACAAUUAAUGGAAUUGUAUGCACGCUUAUCUAGUGUUACCAUUUAGGAAUAUUAUGGCAAGGUAAUGUAAAGCGAAUAUUUUUAUAGUUUUAAUUCACUGCAUGCAAAGGAAUCUUCAUUAUGCCAAUAAUUAUUUUAACGUAUAUGUUAGGAUGAAAUUUAUGAUUCGCUUUUAAGUACAAUACCAGUGUGGUUCGUAAACUUCAGUUACGAUUGAUACCAUUUUAAUUUUAGUCACAGUGUGUUAACAUGAUGUAUUAAUAAAGCAUUUUUAAUUUU